AUAAAUACGAUCGUCAAAUAUAGUAUUAUGUAGAGAUGACCACAAAAAAGUUAAUAAACUCUGUGGACGGUUGUGUAGACGACGCUCUCCGGGGACUGGUCAGUGUCCAUUCCUCCCUUCGUAUUUUGCAGGGACACAAAAUCGUCGUCAGAGAAGAUGUUGAGGAGGUGAUAAAAGCGGGAAAAGUCACGCUGCUGUGUGGUGGAGGGUCAGGGCACGAACCAGCGCAGGCAGGUUAUGUCGGACGCGGUAUGUUGACUGCGGCCGUUGCUGGAGCAGUUUUCGCUUCUCCUCCACCGAGCAGUAUCCUCACAGCCCUCAGAUACGUCACCAAACACAAUUCUGCCGGUUGUGUCGUUGUAAUCACCAAUUAUACCGGGGAUCGUCUAAACUUCGGAUUGGCGAUAGAAUGCGCAAAGAGGGAAGGACUAAAUGUGGACUCGAUAACCAUUGGCGAGGACUGUGCUCUGACGUCAUCAGACAGAUCAGCAGGGCGAAGAGGGUUGGCGGGAACUGUUCUCCUAAAUAAGAUAUGCGGUGCGUUAGCGGAGGAAGGGAAAAGUUUAGAAGAAAUAGUUGAAGUUGGAAAACAUGUCACUGCAAACAUGGGAACGAUGGGUGUAAGUCUGACAUCAUGCAGUGUCCCCGGUUCUGGACCAACUUUUAGUCUUGGCGAGGAUGAAAUGGAACUUGGUUUAGGUUUACAUGGUGAGGCAGGUGUUAAAAGAACGAAGAUUAAACCAGCUAAUGAAGUCGUAAAGAUGAUUCUUGACCACAUGACCAACACCAGUACUACAACACAUAUCAAGCUAAAAGCGGGGGACAAGGUGGCCUGUAUGGUAAAUAACUUGGGAGGAAUGUCGCUGCUGGAAAUCAACAUAAUAGUCGGGGAAGUCAUCAAGCAAUUAGAGGAGAGGGGCGUGGUUGUGGAGAGAGCAUAUUGCGGUUCGUUUAUGACGUCAUUAGAAAUGGCCGGACUGUCUGUCACUAUUCUUCAUCUGGAUAAAACAAUCAAACGCUGCCUAGAUGCCAAGGCAACUGUUCCGGGCUGGUCCAGUCCUAUUAUAUCACGUGAUAGUUCUGUGAGAAAAACACCACUGUUUAUACCGAUUGAAGAAGAAGAAAACCAUGUGAAAACUGGCAAUUCUGUUCGUACAUCUAAAGAGACAGCUGACAUGCUACAUGACAUAAUAAAGCUGUCCAUGGAGAGACUGAUAUCCUCUGAGGAGGAACUCAACAACCUGGACAAGGAGAGUGGGGAUGGAGACUGUGGUACAACACUCGCCAGAGGGGCCAAAGCAAUAAUGAAAGAACUGGGACAGAAGGAGAAGCCUAACUUACCUGUAGACAAUCCAGCAACCUUAGCUCUGUCACUAGCAAGGAUUGUAGAGAAUUCAAUGGGCGGAUCAUCAGGAGCGCUGUAUAGUCUGUUCUUCACAUCGGCCUCCCAUUCUUUACAAAAUAAUGUUAGUAUGACAGGAUGGAAGGAAGCCCUGAGUAAUGGGACCUCCACAAUAAUGAGAUAUGGAGGUGCGCAGCCCGGCGAUAGAACGAUGGUUGACGCUUUAUUUGCUGCCGAUUCAGCUUUGAAAACUUCGGGAUCGUUAUCUAGUCCUGUUAAAAUUCUGGAGACAAUUGUGCAAGCCACAGAAUCUGCUGCCCUAGCCACAGCUUCUAUGAAAGCCCAGGCUGGGAGGGCAAGUUAUGUCAGUGCAGAGAGGUUAAAGAACCCCGACCCCGGGGCAGUGGCCGUGACAGUGUGGUUCAGAGCAAUACUUGAGAUUCUCAAGAAGACAUAAAAGCGAUUAAUAAUUACUGAUGGAAUCUUUUGGAAACGAUUCUAUAUGAGAAAAUUCAGUAUACAUAUUUAAUCUGUAAAUAGCCACUACAAGAAAAUAAAAUCCAAUUGUAUCAGUAGGAAUAUUUAGAAAUAUGAUUAUUUGAUUUCAUUUUGCUGUUGUUUAUAGAAACUGUGAAAUGAACGUCUCAAUGAUAUUGAAAAUAAAGAUAAAUAUUUUUUUU